UGCUUAAUUGUUUUUUAUUGAUAAAUUGGAUUUGUUUUGUGUAGGUAUUGUUUUAAUCUGCUGUCGCAAUUUAAUACAUUUUCCACUAAAAAAUAUGAAAAAACGAAUUGAGAACAAGUCUGCCAAGGAUAAAGUAGACAAGGUGGAUUCUGGGACUGAGGAGGAACCACCAAAGACUGCAGAUGACUACCAAUGUUCAGGAAAUUUGGAGCUGGAUUUCCUGGAGCUGUGUAACCUAAUGGGCGUGAAAGAGAUCCCCUCUGUGAAGCUGAAGCAGGAAACUCAAGAGUCACCAGCUACAGAGAGAGAAGCUAUAGAAGAAAUGCAAUCACAGACAUCCCUUGAAAGUCAGAUUACAACUUGGUCCUCCAAGCCCUGCCUCCAGAUAGAGCUGGAGAAUGAUGAAGACAACUACAGCGUAAAUGAGGUCAAGAUGUCAGGAUGGAAGGUGGAUGAGGUGAUACUUCAGGUGUUGAGCAAGACAUUGCCAUCCCUCAGUAACUUACAGUGCCUACACAUGUGGCAGAUUGGCUUAACAGAUUGCACUUUCACCUCACUUAGAAACAUCGUGUCUCUAUGCACAAAUCUCAGGAAAGUGGUUUUGGAUGGUAAUCCACUUCCUGAGCAGAAUUAUCACUUACUCAUAGGGGAAGACAGCAUGCUGACAGACAUAUCACUGCGCAACAAUCGUAUAGGAGAGGAGGGAGCUCGUCUGAUUGGCUCAGCUCUUUCAACUCUACACUCUGCCAACAAAAGCCUCCAGUCACUCAACUUGGCUUUUAAUAGUAUCGGUGAUGCAGGUGCCAUUGAUAUUGCUCAGGGUCUGCGUUUCAACCAUUCCUUGCUCUGUCUGUCUUUAUCCUACAAUCAUAUAGGAGAUAGAGGGGCGGCUCAUUUAGCUGAGGUGCUGGGUCCCUUUGCUCUUACACACGAGGAGAUAGUUGAAAGGAGGAGGCUGUUAUUUAAAGGUGACCAAUCAGUUUUAAUCCAGCCGUCUCAGGUUAGUCUAGCUAACUCUACAUAUGAGCGCCCUCUCUCCGUCCGCAGCAACUCUUCACUGGAUCGUCCCAUCAACAAGGGUGCCAAAAACACCACCAAAAAGAAGGACAGCCCUAAGAAAGAGGAGAAACUAGUGCCAGGUCAGGCAGCAAAGAAAGAGGAGGUAAAGGUGGCCAAAAAAGACAAUAAAGUGCACCGUGGGCAGGCCGGAAAGGUCGGAGGCAAAGACAAGAAUCUGCCAAUGUCUGAGCAAGAGACAGUGGAGGUGGUCGAGACUGUGAAUCCUCUGCUGGAUCCUGGAAUUCUGCACUCCGGAGGGGAAAUUAUUCAUCCAGGGAACACGUGCCUUAUUUCUUUGAAUCUAUCAGGAAAUAAACUGACUGAGCAAUCACUGAAGUUGUUCCUCUCAUCUUUGGAGAGCCAGGGUGAGGGAGGUCUCCUGCGUCUCUCUCUCAACAAGAAUACUUUCCCCCCAGACUGUGAUACCUUUCUGAAAAUACAGAAAAUUAUGUAUCUCAAGGAUCCUUUAAACAAAAAUAGCUCUGGUCAGGUGGAGAAUAAACCAGUGCAACAGGCUGAAUGACAGGGCAGGUGGCUUUGAUUAACACAUGAAAUAUCUGUUUCAUCUCUCCACAAGUUUCCAGAAUGUGUUAAUUGUGACAAUUAUUCAUCUUCAUUUUGAUUAAUAUUAUAUAAUUAUAUAUUUUUUUAUAUUUUGCUGUCUAACCCUUAAACAUGUACUUGUGUACAUCUUUAGUGACUCUGUACCUCAUCCAUGUUUUACAUUUACAUUUAUGCAUUUGGCAGACGCUUUUAUCCAAAGCGACUUACAGAGCCCUUAUUACAGGGACAAUCCCCCCGGAGCAACCUGGAGUUAAGUGUCUUGCUCAAGGACACAAUGAUGGUGGCAACCGGCAACCUUCUGAUUACCAUAUUACCAGUUAUGGUGCUUAGACCACUACACCACCACCAGUCCACCACUUUUUGGAGUUGUACCUACACCUCUUUAGUAUUCCUCAACCUUUCGCUUAUAAAUAGCAUAAAACGCACACACUCACUUACAUUUUUUUUUUUUUUUAUAAUGGUUUAAGAACCAAAAGUGUAUAGGGUCAUUAGAGACCUUAUGUAUGUAAUAGUGUCGUUUUUAUCCACUGCUUUUUUUUUGCACUUCCAUAAAUUAUAUUUUAAUUAUUAUUUUAUAUCUACUGUAUAUCAGUUUACUAUCAGGAAAUCUAUUUCUUUGUUUAUUACAAGAGAAAUGAGUACUAUAUUCAUACAAAUAAAUGCUAUAUCAUGUUGACUUUCUGUGCAAUUGCUUUGACAUUGCUAUUUGAUGAAGACACAAUGUUAGCUAUAGCUAGAUAGAUAAACUAUAGCAAGUAGAAUACAUGAACAUUAUGAUUUGACUUGUUAUUUGAUUGUUUGAUUGUAUUUGGGUGUACUACUGAAAUUAUGUAACUUUGUGCAUCUAAUUAAACUCCUGAAGUACUUAUUUGUAGCUUAUGUGGAAUGUGUAGCUCAAUAUGUG